GAAUAAAUCCGUCCAAUGACAGAGCUACUUGCAGUUUCCGCUCCAUCUCUUAAUGUGUCAGACCCCCCCCCGGGGUAUCUCCUGGUCCCUACAUUCACACAUCUGCCUAUUGUUCCUGUGCUGUCACUAUGGGCUGUGUAUAGUUGUGGAGGAACCUCUUACGGCAUUCUAAUCGUUAUGUUGGAUCUGGCUCAGCCCCUGCUGAUUUUCCUCUGCCUGUCUUCGUCUGUUUCUUCUUUCCCUUAUUUUCUCCGGCCCAAUGUUACCUUCAACCAUAUGGCUUAUGACCUUGGCUCAGGCUCAAUCUACAUCGGGGCUGUCAACUGGAUCUUCCAGCUCUCCCCUGGCCUCCAGCUUCUGGCAGAGGACUCCACCGGCCCUGUGCUUGACUUCCCAGAUUGUCUACCUUUCAAGGAGAACAGAGACUGCCCUCAGGCUGCUCCCACCCAAAACACUAACAAGUUACUAACUGUCAAUUCUCAUAGUGGGGAGUUAUUGACUUGUGGUCACGUGUUUCAGGGCAUCUGUGAAAAGAGGAGUUUGGCCAACAUUUCCAAUAUUAUUUACCAAACCAUAGACCCUGGUGACAAUCAGUUUGUGGCCGCCAAUGACCCCAAAGUCACUACUGUGGGAAUAGUAGAGAGGACGUCACAAGGCUAUGAUUAUCUAUUUGUAGGCCGUGGUUUAACAGCUAGGCUGUCGAGUGGAAUACCACCAAUCACCAUAAGACAGCUAUCGAAGCCACAUGUCUUCUCCAAUGAGGGUUUGGGCAAACUGGUCGUGGGAGACUUUUCGGAUUACAACAAUAUGUUUAUCAGUGUUUUCUCUAACGAAGGGCACGUCUACUUUUUGUUUUACCGCCGUGGGUCCAAAUCCCAAAUGGACUACAAAACCUACCUCGGCAGUGUGUGCAGCCAAGACCUUCACCUCUACUCCUAUGUUGAAGUCCCUCUUAAGUGCGAAGGAGACUACAACCUGGCACAGGCUGCCCACCUGGAGAUUAAGAACCAGGAACUUUUUGUGGUAUUUGCUGCUAGCCAAGGUUCCAGUCCAAAUCCAAGCAGCCGGACUGCUUUGUGUUCUUAUAGGAUGAAAGACAUAAAAGAAAGGAUAAUGGCUGCGCGAGUCCUGUGCUACACAAAACUCGGCAAAGGAGAAAGCGGGCAGGAAGAGGCAGGCAUCGAGUAUGGAGUGAAUUCAAGAUGUGGUUCUCUUCCUACGGAUUCACCAACAAACUUUCCAUGUGGAGGGGAUCACACCCCCAGCCCAAUAGCCAGCCGGGUCUCUGUCUCUGUGUCACCUCUCCUCACGUAUGAUGGCAGCCUGACAGCGGUAGCUGCACUAGCCGUAGACUCCAACACUGUUGUCUUUCUUGGAGAUGCCGGGGGACACGUUCACAAGGUAUUUGUGUCCUCUGGAAGCGGACGGAACUACAGCACUUUGACUUUGGCUCUUGGGUCUCCUGUCAGUCCUGACCUCAUAUUGGAUAAAGAAGAGAAGAACUUGUAUGUAAUGACAGAGUCGCAGGUCUCCAAAGUUCCAGUUGCAGAGUGUUCCCAGUCAUCUACAUGUGAUGAAUGUGUGCGUGCUAAAGACCCUUUCUGUGGGUGGUGUGUACUGCAAGGAAGGUGCACAGAGAAGCAGCAAUGCGAGGAGAGCGAAAAGGAUAACCACUGGUUGUGGAGCUUUGAUGAUCAAAUUCACUGUGUGGCCAUCCAGGAUCUCUCACCAGCCAAUCAGAGCCGGCAGGAGCAGACGGAGAUCUCCAUGACAGUUCUGCAGCUUCCAGUUAUCGCAGAUGAGGAAAGUUGGAAAUGUGUCUUUAAUGAGUCGUCCAGUCCUGCCCAGGUGUAUGGUAACCAGGUCCGAUGCAGCUCUCCGCCACCGGGGGAGCUGCCCCCCAAUCCUCCGGGGAAAGAUCACGUAACCGUACGAUUAGAGUUGGUGUUCCGGGAUAUCACUGUCGCUGUGACGGACUUCGUCUUCUACGACUGCACAGCUGUAAUGGAUUUGGCGGUCUCUAACCCGUGCAGCGGGUGUGUGAGCAGUCCAUGGAGGUGUCACUGGUGUCUAUCGGAACAUGUGUGUACCCACAUCGCACAGUGCAGCCAGACUCUCAUCUACAGCCAGAAUGUUGAAGAUCAAGCGCAGUCGGGUCCAGACUUUUGCCCGAGAAUAGAGAGAGUCAGGGGGUCUCGUCUGAUUCCUGUUGGCAUGGAAAGGGAAUUGGACCUUAUUGGACGUAAUCUCAAUCUUCUCAAUGGUGGGGUUCUGGAGUACAGUUGCAUCAUAGAGGUGGAGGGUUCCCCCAUCACUCUGCGAGCACAAGUGGAGAAAAUGUCAGAGGAAGAGGACCUGUAUUCAGUGCACUGUGAUACAUACAAGUACGAGUACCCUCUGCAUGUGUUUGAACAUCCAGUUACUGUGUAUGUGAAGAAGGGGGAUGUAUACCGAGUAGACAACAAGGACGAUAUAAGUGUGACAUUGUAUAGCUGCUCGGUUGGACAGUCAGACUGCAGUCGUUGCCAGGCCUUGGCCCCCGAUUAUAUGUGCCUGUGGUGUGGUCAGGAAGAAGAGGCCUCAUGUGUGCAUAAAGAACGGUGUGAACAGUCCACCAUCAAUGUUUGUCCCAUGCCGCAUAUCUACUCAUUUUCCCCAUCCACUGGGAUUAUUGAUGGAGGAGCGAUCAUAACGAUUAAUGGCCAGAACAUGGGCCAAAAAGCCGAGGACGUAUCCGUGACGGUUUGUGACCAGCCGUGCACAGUUUUGCCUGAGUUGUAUGUUGUCUCUAACAGAAUUGUCUGCCAUCUAUCAGCCAGUGAAGGUGUGGAGUAUGGCCAUGUGAAAGUCUCUGUAAACGGCCGUGAACCCGGAAUAUCCACCCAGCUUUUCUAUUACCAGGACCCCCAGCUUUAUUCUCUGACUCCGGUGAAAGGCCCAAUGGCUGGAGGAACCAAAAUAACCAUCUCUGGAACCAAGCUGUCAACUGGAGAUCAGAUCACAGUGACUUUGGGAGGCUUGCCUUGUGAAGUAUCUGGGAAUGUGACAGACGAUCAGAUAUGUUGCAUUACUAGCUCUAGUUCUGUCCAGGAGGAGGCGCCAGUCCUCGUGUCCUAUGGUGAGGUAAAAAGAGGUCUGGAGGGAACAUUGUACAACUACACGGAAAAUCCCACCAUCUCCACUGCUUGUCCAUUCAAAGCUUUCCAUGGUGGUGGACGGCGUAUUUCUGUUACUGGUUCGAACCUAGAUGUAGUCCAGGCUCCCCAUAUGACUGCUGUGAUCAAGUCUCCUCCAGAAGAGCUUCAGAAUGGAGAUGGGAAUCGCAGAAGAAAGAAGAGAAGAAGGGAACUGGUGCGCAGUAUCGUGCGAGAGAUUAGUGAACAGUGCCAUCACAACUCCUCCACAGCCAUGGAAUGUCUUUCCCCUGCUAUUCCUGAAGACGCCAUCAUCCUUGAUGUGCUGUUUGUCUUGGACAAUGUUCGUAUUCCAUUCAGCAGUCUUGGGGAGAACUUCACCUACCUGAAGAACCCGACUCUCAAACCUCUCAAUCGAGACAGCCUCAGUAAGCCCUACAGUCUAAAGCCCGGGAACGUGCUGGAUAUUGAGGGAGAAGGUUUGGACUCUGGGAUUAAUAAGGAAGAAGUUCGAGCAAUGAUUGGGAAUGGUGUCUGCACAGUGAAAACUCUCACCCACAACCACCUGUACUGCGAGCCUCCGCUUACUGUGCCCCAGCCACUGGAUGCAAGCACCCCUUUGCCUCAAUUUGUGAUUCACAUGGGGAACCUUCGCUUCAACCUCGGGCAAGUGAAAUACGAUGUAGAGGGCCAAUCGAGUUUUCCAAGAGAGGCCAAGAUUGGACUGGGAGUUGGUGCAGCUUUGCUUGUUCCUGUUGUCUUAAUAAUAAUUUUCAUGUACAGGAGGCAGAGUAAGAUGGCAAUGAGGGAUUAUAAGAAGGUUCUUGUCCAGCUGGAGAACCUGGAGACCAGCGUGGGAGAUCAGUGCCGCAAAGAAUUCACAGAUCUUAUGACAGAAAUGAUGGACCUCACUAGUGAUAUUGAAGGCUGCGGCAUUCCCUACCGAGACUACAGCACCUAUAUUGAAAAGAUCUUUUUCCCUGGAGAUACUGUCUCUCCAUUACGGAAGAAUUUAGAUGUUCCAGAGAACAGGAGGGCCACCGUGGAGCAAGGCCUGAAUCAGCUCUCCAACCUUCUCAAUAACAAGCUAUUCCUCACCAAGCUCAUCGAGACAUUGGAUGCCCAGUCCACGUUGUCCCAGCGCGAUCGCUGUCAUGCCGCGUCGUUACUUACUGUGGCGCUACAUGGCAAGCUGGAGUAUCUGACUGAUGUCAUGAAGACUCUCCUGUCUGAACUGGUAGACCAAUGUGUGGCCAAGAAUCCUAAAUUGCUUCUGCGCAGGACAGAAACUAUAGUGGAGAAGCUGCUGACCAACUGGAUGUCCAUUUGUCUGCACUCCUUUCUUCGGGAGGCGGCAGCAGAGCCCUUAUACAUGCUGUACAGUGCCAUAAAAUACCAGGUGGAUAAGGGACCGGUGGAUGCUGUAACAGGGAAGGCAAAGCGCACUCUGAACGAUGGCCGUCUCCUACGGGAGGACAUUGAGUACCGGUCGAUGACCCUCACUGUUAUAGUGAAGAAUGGGGCGGAAGUGCAGAGGGUACCAGUCAGAGUGCUGGACACUGACACCAUCACUCAAGUGAAAGGGAAGAUCCUGAAUCACGUGUACAAAGGAACCCCUUUCUCCAAUCGGCCUGCAGCACAUGCACUUGAUCUAGAAUGGCGUGCUGGUCAAGCUGGUCAUUUGACCCUAUCCGAUGAGGACCUGACGUCACAAGAUCAAGACCAGUGGAAGAGAUUAAAUACGCUGCAUCAUUAUAAGGUUCCUGAUCUUGCAACUGUGGCUUUGAUACCACGAUUACACAAUAACCAAUGUGAAACGCCAAACAACAGUUUCUUGAGUGGAGAAAAAACCCCAAUGUUGGAAGAUGGAGAAGAAGGUGGCAUUAGAAUGUGGCACCUGGUGAAGUCCAUGGAAGAGCCAGAACCGUGCAGGAGGCGCAGCAGUUUGCGGGAGAGAGAGCGUGCCAAAGCCAUUCCUGAGAUCUACCUGACACGUUUACUCUCUAUGAAGGGGACUCUCCAAAAAUUUGUGGAUGACACAUUCCAGGCCAUGUUGGGGGUGAACCGUCCCGUACCAAUCGCCAUCAAAUAUAUCUUUGAUUUCUUAGAUGAAAUGGCAGAGAAGCAUGCGAUUGAGGAUGCGGAGACAGUCCACAUCUGGAAGACGCACAGUCUAAUGCAGAGGUUCUGGGUCCUCAUACUGAAGAAUCCUCAAAUGGUCUUCGAUAUCGACGUGUCUGACAACGUAGACGCCAUCCUUACAGUCAUCGCUCAGACCUUCAUUGACUCCUGUACCAUCUCUGAGCACAAAGUGGGCAGAGACUCUCCGGUCAAUAAACUGCUUUAUGCACGUGAAAUCCCACGGUACAAGGAAAUGGUUGAGAAGUACUAUGCUGACAUUCAGCAAGCAACUCCUUCCAGUUACCAAGAAAUGAACUCCUCUCUCACUGAGCUGUCAGGGAUUCACGCCGAAGAUCUCAGCUCCCUAGUCGCCCUUCAAGAACUCUACAAUUAUAUCAGCAAGUACUAUGAUCAGAUUAGCACAGCUCUAGAGGAGGAUCCCAAUGGGCAGAAGAUGCAACUGGCCUACCGUCUGCAGCAGAUCUCGGCACUGGUGGAAAACAAAGUAACAGACCUUUAAUAACUUUUCUGAAUUGACCACCUUGGUGGAGACUGUUGGACGUGUCAUUGGGAAUUCCAGACCCAUGAUCUGCUUUUAGGGAAUAGUCAACGCUUCCACGUGUUCAGAAGAUCUGCGGUUUGGGAAAACUGGACUUGAUCUCCUCUUGGAGGAGUUCUUUGCUUCUGAAUUGGUAACACAAGGGUAAUGCCAACUUCCUCUCCUUUGCUCUUAGCCCAGCAGUGCACUGCCUACCUCAGUGGAACUGUACAAGUGCCUUAGUUUUAUUCCACAUUCUGGUUCUUCCUGUGGGUCAGGCAUGGCCGGGUCGGUCCUUCUGCGAUCUGCAGAAGGUCAUCGGAUUAUUUAGCAGCAGACGUUGCCCCAAUUAUGCGAAAAUAAGAUCCUUGUACAUGAUAUGCCCGUGUGUGAGAAAUGGGGUAACUGGCCUUGGCGCAAUGUGGAGGACAUUUAGGAGCUGUACGUGACAAAUACUGAGCGCCAUUCGCUUUAACAGGGCCAUGUGUUGUAGUCCUUGAGAUGAAAACAAAGCAACUUCUAUGAAAGUGUCAGAAAGAACCAUGGUCUGUUACUAUUAGCAGCCAGAUACUCCCAUUAAUUUAAAAAAAAGAAUCUGAUUGGUUGCUUUAGAUGCAGUCCUUUCUGAAGCUUUCUUCCAGUGCCCAACCUUGGAUCUGGUAGUCGCCUAUUCACUGUCUUCGGUGAGUUUGCUCACACUGUUUGUAUGUCUGCUAAGUGUCUUGUAUAGCUUUUUUUCUAACUUAUGCAAAUGCUGUAAAUAAGUAUAACUAUAUUUAUUGUUCUUUUUAUGCCAAUGGUUUUGCAAAUAAAUGAUUUUUUAGAAAGAAA